UGUGGGCCGUCGGGCGGCCCCUCGGAGCCGCCAUAGCCGCCCGCCUCCCGCGACCCAACGUCUUCGCGGCCGGCUCCGCGCCGCCGCCAUGGCCGACGUGGAAGACGGCGAGGAGCCCUGCACCCUGUCCUCGCACUCGGGGAGCGCAGGCUCCAAGUCGGGAGGCGACAAAAUGUUCUCUCUCAAGAAGUGGAACGCGGUGGCCAUGUGGAGCUGGGACGUGGAGUGCGAUACGUGCGCCAUCUGCAGGGUCCAGAUGCCUGUCUUAGAUGUCAAGCUGAAAACAAACAGGAGGAUUGUGUUGUGGUCUGGGGAGAGUGUAAUCAUUCCUUCCACAACUGCUGCAUGUCCCUGUGGGUGAAACAGAACAAUCGCUGCCCUCUCUGCCAGCAGGACUGGGUGGUCCAGAGAAUUGGCAAAUGAGAGUGCUGGAAGGCCUUCUCAGUGUAGCUGUUCGGAGCCCUGUUGGAUCUCGUCAUCAAGUGCCCUACAAAGGCUAGAACAUUCCAGGGGACUGAUUCUUGGAAUGGGAGGAAAUGGAUCUGUGGUCCUAUGGGACUCAUGAAAGGCAUGGUUUAGCGUUUUGUCAGUUUUAUUUUCAGAAAUUGUCUACAAUUAAGAAGAUAAUUUAUUAAAGAUGGUCUUUCCUACCUCUGUGGUAUGUGUCAUAUACACUGCUUAGAAGUGCUAUAAAGGAGGAGAGAGCUACAAAUUGAAUGACUUUGAUAAUUUACUUAUUGAUAGCUGAGGGGCUGUGGAAGCAGUUCCAUUCAGAAGAGAAUUUUUUGCAUGCUUACAGUUGAUCAGUUAAAAGAAGAAAAUGUUACAGUAACAAAUAAAGUGCAGUUUAAAACCCAACUCUUCUCCUUAAUUUGUCCUAAUAUUUAUUUUUGGCGAAGAGGGGGUGAUUCAUUAAAUCCUUAUUUGAUAUAAUGAGAAUUUUAAGGUUGUACCAGUGCACAGGACAGAUGAAAUUUGACCUUUGGGUGUAUGGGCUUUCGAUUGUCAUUAGGUUAUAUCAUUCUCCACCUUUGACUCCUCAAGAAAACCCAGAAUCUGCACUCACCUCACUGUUCAAUCGCUGAGUGGUAAAGGACAGAAGUAUUUUCAAGUUCUGGUCAGAUUAUGUUGUAAUUUAACUGUUUUAGGUGGAAUGUUAAUGAGGGGAAAAUGUUUACCACUGUAGCGUUAGAUCAGAAAGUUUAUCACAUGGUGUUUUAAUAAAUAGUUUAUUCUGUUACUUCAUUUGAAUUGUCAUUAUUGCAAUUUUAUGCACAAGCUUAAAAUUUAAUAAACUAAUUUGUCAAGUGAGUGCUUUCAUUUCA